AUGAAUAUAUUUUUUCAAUCUAUUAUUAAAGUAAAAGGUUAUCUAUUAUCUUUUGAUUAUUAUCGUUUGGUUUGGAUAGUUAUUAUAGCUUUAUUAUUAUUUCUUUUUUAUACUUCUCGUCAAUGUCAGUUUAUACCUUCUAAUAUAUCAUAUAUUAAAAAUUCUUUUAAUAAAACAAGAAAUUCAUCUAAUCAGACAGAUAUACGAUCGCAAUUAACUAGAAUUAUUGUUGUAUCUCAUUAUAAUGAAGAUAUAAAUUGGCUUGAUUUAUUUAUUGGUGAUAAAAUUCCACAUAUUGUUUAUACAAGAUCAUCUGAUCCAUUAAUACGUCAUGGUCUAUUAGUAAAUAAAGGCAGAGAAGCUGUAGUUUAUCUUCGUUAUAUUGUUGAUUUUUAUUCAAAUCUACCAUCAUCAAUAGCUUUUAUUCAUGGACAUCGAACUUCAUGGCAUCAAAAGGAUCCAAAUGAUGUUGUCGUUGCAUUACGAGCUUUAAAAUGGCAUAAAUAUAGUUAUAUGCCAUUGACUAGUACAACGACUACAUCUCGAUUUCAACAGAGAGCUUCAGAAAUGCAAGAAGCAGUUAAUUAUGAAUUAUGGCGAGAUGUUCUACAGAAAGAACUCGGUCCACCACCAUUAAAUGGAAUUCGAACACAUUGUUGCGCAUCAUUUGUGGUUAGAAAAGAGGCUAUUCUUAAACAUCCGAAAGAAUUUUAUUUAAAGAUAAUGAAUUAUAUUAAUGCUAGUCCACGUUCUGAUCAAUUAACAGGUAGAACACUUGAAUAUACUUGGCAUAUGAUCUUUGGUCAACCAGCAAUAUUCAAUAUGAAAUCAUGUGAUGUAUUUUUUUGCGAUGCAAAUGGAAGAAUUUCUGUUGAAUUAGCGGAGAAAAAUGCAUAG